AUCGUUUGCGCUUCAUUAUGUUGCAUUAGUGCUAAAUCAUUCUCGUCUUUAUCGGAAAGUGAAAUAGAAAGAGAAAUAUCCAGCGACCAAAAUCACGUGAACGCACCAAAUGUCACAAUUACGAUUUCUGAACUUGCAUCAUGUGAUACCUCUGGGAUUCCAGACUGAGUAAUGGAGAGCCACAGAGAUCCAUUGUGUGACAUCAGUAGAACACGUGUUUGCAGCCUUAAAACAAAAAAAAAACACCAAGUCCAGAAGAUUCUUGCUUUGAGGGAAAUGAGAAACAGACAACAUGCACAGGAGCGAUAAUAGAGGAAGUUGGGAGUUUCAACCUGAGGACACCUUAAUAGAGGAGACUGGUAAUUUUCCAUCUACUUUGGCCCAGGCGAACUUCAAUGGGCAGAAAAAGGCAGGUUCCGCUGUGGAUGGUAUAGCUUAUAGGAAUGAAGAUAUAAUGUCAGAGAGUUGGAGGCAACACAGGAAGCAUGUGUUUGUGCUGAGCGAGGCAGGGAAGCCCAUCUACUCACGCUAUGGCAAUGAGGAGGCCCUCUCCUCCACCAUGGGUGUCAUGAUGGCGCUGGUCUCCUUCGUCCAGGCUGGAGGCAACAUGAUUCAGUCUAUUUUUUCAGAUGAGCACACAGUGGUCUUUUUGCAGAAGGGUCCGCUUGUGUUUGUAUCCGUUUCUGCCACUCGCCAGUCCGAACAGCAGCUGCGCAGUGAGCUCCUCCAUGUUUAUCAUCAGAUAGUCAGCAUGCUCACGCAGGCCAGCAUAAAUUGCAUCUUUGAGCGCCGCAAGAACUUCGACCUGCGGCGUCUGCUGUUUGGCUCGGAGAAGGUUCUGGACGGCCUCCUCGAUGUCAUGGAUUCUGAUCCCAGCUUCAUGCUGUCGGCCGUCCAAUGCCUGCCUCUGCCCUCCUCUUCCAGAGACGCCCUCAGUCACAUCCUACAGAAAGCCGUCACACCGAAUCUGGUCUUCUCUUUUCUCAUUGCCAAUAACCGACUUGUCUCCGUCGUUCAGGAGAAGACGGUCCUGGAGGACGCUAGACUAAAACCCAGUGACCUUCAUCUCCUCUGCAACCUGAUCAGGGCCUCCUUUGCUUUUCAGGCUGGAGAGAUAUGGACGCCCAUCUGCCUGCCUCUGUUCAAUCACGACUGCUACUUUUAUGCUUAUGUGGCGUAUCUAGACCCUCCAGAAUGUACUGUAUGCCUUGUUCUUCUGUCUACAGAUAAAGAAGCGUUUUAUGCCAUGGCAGAGUGCAAAAGGAAAAUUGAGGAAGCUUUCGCAUCCCAGAAUGCCUUGCAGUGGGUGGCAAACACUCAGUUUUACUACGUUGACGAUAUCGGUGUAGCUAAUCUUAAGCACUUCCUUUACAAGCCCUCAAAAGUGCUAGACCACCAUCGCCAACUGCCACAGUUCACAUGCCCAGAGAUGGAGGUGGCAUACAGAAGCCAGGAAGAGAGGAUACACCUGCUGGAUCUGUAUCGCAACAUGCACAAUCGGAUCCACAGUACAUCACGGCCACUUAAACUCCUCUACCAUUCUGCAGGCCAAGAAACUCUGCUGGCAUGGGUCACUAGCAAGUUUGAGAUGUUCGCCUGCUUUACUCCGCUCGUCACUAAGAAAUCCGCUAUCAGUGAACUCACUAAACUGCUGCGAUGGAUCAAAAAGGAAGAGGACCGUCUCUUUAUUUGUCACCUCCCAAAAUAUUCCAGUGCCCCGCAGCCCGGUAGGAGCUCCACAGACAGAGGGAGUUCAGAUAGACCAAAUACAUCAGACACUGGACUUCUGUCUCUCUUGUAGCCUUGAGUAACAUACCGGCCAACACACAAGUUGCUGUUUCACUUCCAUGUUUUAUAUGGUAAAUUCUGUGGGUUAUGAAAUGGGAAAUGUGGCUGCAUUGAAUAUACUGCAUGCAUGUUUGUUUCUGGGUUCAUAGGUGGCGUGUUAACUAAAUGCAGUUAAAAGUUCUCCAAUUCAUGUUAAUUUUUCUGUUCAACAUUUCAUGCAUUGCUCUGCUGAUAGCACAAUUUGUAAU